AUGGCCCGCUUCUCGAUAUUGUACCUGUGUCCGGAUCUCGCCGAGAAGCAGAAUUCAAGAAGCGAGGAUGAUAAUCCAGUGGACAUGACUUAUGCACCAGCAGCCGCCGCUGAUCAAAGCACUCUCAGUGAUCCCUCGUGCUCAUCGAUGGAAAUGAUGUCGAAUCCGGCGCUGAGCCCAGCGCCAACCAAAAACGAAGAAGACUUUAUGUCGGAUGAGGGAAUUGAUGAAGAGCGUUCCGAGAGCGGGUCCAGUAAAGAUGACGGCACCAAAUCGCCUUGUAGUCCGUCCGGUGAGAAGAAGGAACGCUCUCCGAAUGACAAACCACCAUUCUCGUACAAUGCGUUGAUCAUGAUGGCGAUCAAGAAUAGCCCGGAAAAGCGCUUGACACUUGCUGGAAUUUACGAUUACAUUAUCACCAAUUACCCAUUCUAUCGCGAUAACAAGCAGGGUUGGCAGAACUCGAUCCGCCACAAUCUUUCCCUUAACAAGUGUUUUGUCAAAGUUCCCAGAAGCUUUGAUGAUCCUGGAAAAGGAAAUUACUGGAUGCUUGACGCUAGUUGCGAGGAUGAGGUCUUCAUUGGAGGCUCGACUGGAAAACUUCGCCGCCGCCCGUCGACAAUGUCCAGGGCUCGUAUGGAUGCGUUUAAGCAGUAUGGAACUGCAGCCGUCACUCUGUUCCCUGGAUAUUUUCCACCAGCAAUUCCGUCGAUGCCAACAAGACCGCAUACGUUUAUGCCGAAUGCGGCGUCGGCUCCAUUUCUUGGACGCCCAAUGGUACCGAUGCCAGCAGUGCCGGCAGUCUUCUCUCAGCAGGAUAUCUUGCAAAUGUACUUGGCCCAGCAGCCAUAUUUAUUCGGAAAAAUGCAAUAG